AUGUAUCGACUUCUCUUGGUUCAGAUGCUACAUUGUUGUUUCCUGGUGGCCCAUUCCUGCCCCACUCUGUGUACUUGUGUUUACCUAGGAGGGAGCAAUGGGACAGGUCUCAGGUCUGUUUUGUGCAGCGAACCCCGCAUGUCGGCCAUCCCCCUCAAUGCUCCAGCCAACACAGUCAAGUUUCGUCUGGAGAAAACCUCUAUCUCCAGAGUGCCCAGGGCAGCCUUCUUCUACCUGUCUGAGCUCCAGUUCCUGUGGUUGACCUACAACUCCAUCACCACCAUCCACCCCAGCAGCUUCCUUAACUUGAAGGCGUUGCGUGAGCUGCGAUUGGACGGGAACCUUCUCUCUGCCUUCCCCUGGGAGGGGCUUAGGGACAUGCCGCGGCUGCGCACACUGGGUCUGCACAAUAACCGCCUCUCCAGCCUCCCUGCCCACGCUGCCCUCUUUCUUCCCAACGUCACCUACCUGGAUCUGUCCAGCAACAGACUGACCACUCUGCCCUCAGAGCUGUUGGACCUUUGGUUCCCUCCCCCUGCCCAACUAACAGGCCCAACACAGAGAAGAGUGCUAGGUGUCCAUGACAACAUGUGGCAGUGUGACUGCCAAAUCUCUAUGCUGCUGGCCCUGUCUAAGUACCAGGAGAGCCCUGUAGUUCUGAUGGACCAGCUCCUGACCUGUAGCCGUAGCGAGGGAACCGCCGACCAGCUGGGGGCCCCCCUCACAGAGGCUGACUUGUCGCGGUGCCAGAGGCCCUCUGUCCAGCCUUCAGCCACCCGGGUUACCUCCCCGCUGGGCAGCAACGUGAUGCUCCGCUGUGAUGCCACAGGCUACCCCACGCCAGUACUCACCUGGACCAAAGCAGCAGGAGCCUCCAUAUACAACACAGUUAUUCAGGAAUCUCCGCGUGUGGGAAUCCGAUGGUCCAUCAUCAACCUAAAUGGACUUUCGUACAAGGAUGCAGGAGAAUAUCGGUGCCAGGCACGGAACAUGGCAGGAACAGCAGAAGCCCCCAUUAGACUUAGGGUGGUGGGGGUGGUGCCCCCUUCCAUACAGAGCAAGACCCGCAAAGCCCCUUCUAGAUCCUUAACCAGCAACAGAAAACCUCUCCCACAAAAGCCGAAACGGGCACAGAAUAUUACUUCAAUCUCCACCUCAAAAAAGAAGACUCUUCUGAACCUCAAGUAUGUUACACCCCCCACUCCAACGAACAAGACCCAGAGUAUCAAAAUGGCCCCGGUCCCCAUCCCCCUGAAAAAAAUGUAAUCGUCCUCAAGUACAUACCCAAAUGCAAAAAAGUCAAACAGAAAACCUCAGAUAUCUGUCAAUACUAUACCCACCUCACCAGAAAACACUACCACUACAUCGUCUUCACCAGAAAACAACAAGGACCAGAUGUAGUGGCCCUUUCAUCUAUUACUAUAACAACCCUUCUUAUUCUAUGCCUUUCUGUUGGUCAAUAUUUUAAGGAGCUCAUACAUGACCCUUUAAAAACAGAGUGAUCAGUGGCCAACAGAGGGCGUCCAGAGCCCAUAGACAUGAAUAGCAAACUACAGUUACUCUGUUUAAGUGACAACAAUUACCAUUGAGGAUCUGAUGUAUUCUUUUUCCAGAUUUGUUUUAUUUUGUUUUACUGUUUUUAGAGAGGUAACGCUUAUCACCCUCUUAUCUGUGUAAGAUCUGUACUUGUGCUAAAGAUUAUGAGGACAUAUUCCUACAAGGACAUAUUCUUACUAGGAGGUCAGCUAUAAAGGGUAAUUCCGCCACUUCAUAUUCAUUCUCUCCUCCACCAUACCAGUGUCUGCAUGAAAAUGGUGUGUUUCUAUGAUCUCUGGUAAAGAGCAGAA